CAAAUGGAAAAGGUAGACAAUAAAAAGCAUAAUAACAGUCGCCCGGAACUCAUUUAUCUCUAAAUGCUGAUAAUGGAUUUAGCAUGACAAUUUAAUGAAUCACUUUAUAAAUUCGUUAUGUGCAAUCUCAGAGACUCUUGUCAGUGGUUUCAGACAGCUCCUACUCAUCAGUUCUAAUCGUUGGACAAGUAAAAAUUUUCACUUAUUUGCUAACGGUCAUAUGAUGUCGCGCGUAGCAGUGGUAACUGGCGGGAACAAAGGGAUUGGUUUUGCAAUCGUAAAAGGUCUGUGCGAGCAGUUUGAUGGGAUAGUUUAUCUGACUGCAAGAAACGAGGCUAAAGGUCAAGCUGCAGUUGAAGAGCUCAAAAAACUUGGUCUUCAACCAAGAUUCCAUCAACUUGACGUCACUGAUGACUCCAGUGUCGAUACAUUCAAACGGUAUCUCAGCAACGCUCAUGGAGGACUCGAUGUACUCGUUAACAAUGCUGCAAUUGCCUUCAAGCACACUUCGGUAGACCCGUUUUCUCACCAAGCAUCAGAGACUAUAAAAGUGAAUUACUUUGGCUUGGUGAGAGUUUGUAAGGCACUAUUUCCACUACUGAGAGACCACGCUAGAGUUGUCAAUCUCAACAGCAGCUCUGGACACCUGUCGCGAAUACCCAAAGACGAGUUAAAGGCUCGACUUGCAAGUCUGAUGCUCACUGAGGAUGACCUCAGCCAAAUCAUGAGAGAUUUUGUUAAAGCAGCACAGACUAAUACCCACGGCGAAUUGGGAUGGGCCAACAAUGCUUAUUCAGCUAGCAAGGUAGCUGUGUCCGCUCUCACUUGUAUUCAACAAAGGGCAUUUGACGAAGAUGCCAGAAAAGACAUAGCUGUAAAUUCUGUACAUCCUGGUCUUGUCGAGACGGACAUGACAAGCCACAGAGCACAUUUAACUCCUGAAAGAGGUGCACGAGCUCCCCUAUACCUGGCGCUCCUGACGGAGAAUACGAAUAUCAAAGGAAAAUACGUUUGGCACAAUAAUAUUAUAGUUGAUUGGAUUAAUGAUCCCUUGCCCGGUCCUUACUAGACGACUGUUGUUAUUCUCUGCAAUGUUACUGUAGACAUUUUUGAUAGAAAUCAAAAUGUUUACUUACUAAUUUUUCGCACAUAAGCACUGUGCGCGAAUCAGUGCUUGUAAAUUAAAUUAACAGGAUGAAGAUGGCGUAUUGAUUUUGUCGAUAUCAUCUGAAGUAAUAAACGAGUAUUUAUUACUGAUUCUGAAAAUUAUUUCGACCUGAGCUUCUGUCAACUGAUAAAGAUGCGUGAUAAAGUAUGAAUUAAGCUGAAGCUAAUCUAGUCAUCUUUCGUAUUUCCUCUUAUCGUGGUUACAAGACUUGUAGUUACAGUAAGGGUAUUAGUGGUAUCGAAAAUUUGUAACGUACAGGUAUUGAUUAAUUUUGGAAAGUUGAGAGCAUGAAUAAUCAUGCACAAGAUCUGUAACGAUUGUCACAUUGCAGUAGUUACUAUUCCAUGAUUAUGCAUAAGCCAACAAGUAUUAUUAUCAAAUGCUGUAAUAUGUUUUAUUUCGUAUCUUGGAGCAUUUACACAGUAAGCUAUGUUAUGUUUAUUUCAAGUGUUUAUCGAAGUAGUCUAUGGAUAUAAUUGACAAUAGAAGGCGUCACAAGGUAUAUGUCGAUUUAUUAUUUAAAAAAAGUUGAAAACUUUCAUAAAGAGCAAAUGAACUUCUAUGUGUAAAAAUAUAAAAAUCCGUUGGUCAGGCAGCUGGUCUGGGACCAUUGGCCCAAUCAACAAGAGUGUUAUCGUGCCAGAUGUAUUUUCCUUUAAUCUCAGUGUUUUGUGGUAAUAGUGCAGCGUAAAGCGAAGAUUGGGAUCCCCUUUCGGGAGUGAAAGUACCCAUGUGGUCGGUCAGGUCGGUAUUCACAUAUCCUGGAUGGACCGCAUUUACUACAAGAUCUUCUUUGGCAUUUGCAUUAAAUGCUUUUUGUUGAAUCCCAGUCAAAGCAGAAACACCAACUUUGCUUACCAUGUAUGGGUUGUCUGGCCAUCCUGAAGCUUGAUAAUUAUUCCUUUUUGUGGCCCUGUAAACAAUUUGGAAUUAAUGCCAAAUUCCGAUUCAAAUGAGUCUGCUAUUCAUUCCAUUGAUCAUAACGCACUCUACGAAAUCUCUCAUAAUCUGGUUCAGUCCUUCUUCCGUAAGCUCAGAGUUAGAGAAUCGGGCUCUGAUUUCAUUGCCUGGUAUUAAGGGUAGACGUCCGAAAGCACUGGACACGUGAACAACUCUGGCGUGGGGUCUCAACAGUGGGAAUAGAGCCUUGGAAACUCUCAAUAA